GUAGGUGCUGGAACAGUACGCGAGAAAUGUUGCCUUGAAGUUUGUUGUUGUUUUAUACACCCAAAAUGGACGUAAAAUUAUUACUGUUUUGUGAAGUAGUCAUACUGUUAAUUUAUUUUCCAUUACAUUCUUAUGGUCUUCAAAGAUGCUUCAUGUGCAGAUCUCGUGGUGAAUUGGGCAGUUGCAAGGACCCGUUCACGGUUAAUGUAACACUGGUAGAAAAUAAACAAGAAAUAGGCGUUGAAACAGUACCUUGCGCUUCAGGGUGGUGUGGAAAAAUCGUCGAAAGUGAAGACGCAGCCAAAGAAGAAUAUGGAGUAGCCACACAAAGGAUAUGUCUCCAAAGAGGACCCUCCGACAGUGAGGACAGGUGUGCUUAUACAAAAUGGAACUAUAGAAGAGUGUUGAUGUGCUUUUGUAGGGGCGAUUUGUGUAAUUCCAGCAGUAGGGUAAUCCUGAAUCCGAUAGUUUUGAUUGUGAUCAGUUGUUUAUAUUUCUUUAGAGUUCUAUAGAUAUAUACGACAAUUUUAACAAUAUUCGUGCCCAAUUAAAUUUAAGAAAUUGGCAGAAUUGUAACAAAUUUUUCUUUCUUCUUUGAAGCAUGCAAUUUUUAAAUUGGUAUUUAAAAACAUGAUAUACAUAAAGUACCAGAUUUAUUAAAAAAUAUUCGUGCUUAAAUCAAAAUAUUUUUAUAGUCUUUCCUAUAUUUUAUACUCUUGAAAUCCAAUAAAUAAUAAGCAUAUGUCUCCACAACGUUUGUAUUUGCGCAAAGUUAACAAAGUUUUGCGUUUUAUUUAUUU